CACAAUUAGGAUGAAAAACUAUAUAAACAUCCCAGGCUAGAUCAGCAAUUACUGUACCAACCAUAGGGCUGUGAACAAUAGUUUCUAGACAGCAAUCAUGUACUACUCUGCAUUGUACACUCUGAGUCUUUUGACAAGCUGCCUGGCUUUUCCACUGCCCCGGGAAGCAGGAAAAAUGAAUGACCAACAAUGGGGAAAAGCACGGGAAUACCUCAAGAACUUCUAUUUAUAUGAUCCUGAAGCACGACUAAACAAUUUAGAAGACAAAAUAAAAGAAAUGCAAAAGUUCUUUGGCCUCCCACAAACAGGAAUUUUAAACACCAACACCAUGGAAAUAAUUCAGAAACCUAGAUGUGGGGUACCUGAUAUUGGAGAAUUCACUUUGUUUCCUGGGAGACCUAAAUGGUCUUCUAAAGUGGUAACCUACAGAAUUCUCUCUUAUACUCAAGACCUGCCCCGAUCAACAGUGGAUCGUUUAGUAGAUAAGGCUCUUGACAUGUGGAGUAAAGCUUCAACACUGACUUUCAAGAAAGUGAGGAGAGGAAAUGCAGAUAUUCUCAUUGGUUUUGCCAGAGGAGCUCAUGGGGACUUCAAUCCAUUUGAUGGAGCAGGAGGAAUCCUGGCUCAUGCAUUUGCACCAGGAACAGAUUUAGGAGGAGAUGCUCACUUUGAUAAUGAUGAACAAUGGACUGAUGGCAGCAAAUUAGGAAUUAACUUUUUAUUUGCUGCUACUCAUGAACUUGGACAUUCAUUGGGGCUAGGUCAUUCUUCUGACCCUGACGCUGUGAUGUAUCCUACCUAUAGCUAUAAAAACCCAAAGGACUUUGGUCUGUCACCAGAUGAUAUUAGAGGGAUUCAGAAACUUUAUGGAAAGAAAAGAUAAUUUCAGAACAAUUACAAACAACAGAAAAAUACACAUUCAAUACUCUGCUACAUUUCUGUUCUAUCAAAAUGUUUUUAUUUUGUCUUGAAAUCCUAUACUUAAAUACUUUUAAAUGAAUGGGUUUAUGUAGAAAUCAAAGGCUAAAACAUGAAAGUACAAUGUUUUAUUUCAUUAAUUCACUGAUUUUUUUCCCAACAAACAUUUGUCAAGGGCUACUAGGAACAAAGAACUCUAAGAACUUGAACCACAGUCUGCCCACAUCAUCAAGGAUGACUGAUCUCUUAAUGUUUAUUCAUGUUCAUAAAGUCCUGGGAUUGGUACCGAUACCAGAGCUUCAGAUCCUCAGAUCCUUUUCAUAGCCAAAGUAGAAGCAACACAAUCAAAACUGAGCUGGCAGGCACCCAGAAUAAGGGCAGGUUUGUCUUAGAAUAGAAUCCCACAAACGAGGCCCUGGCUAGAUAAGUGACUUGCUCCAAAUCACACAGCAAUCUGAUUAUAGAACUAGAAAUGCACCUUGAGUGUCCCAAACCCUAGCCUGUGUUAUUUCUACCACACUAUUCCUCCACCUCACUUUCUUGAAAAGGCACCCAAUUCUCUGCCACAUUUGUAACUGCCAAGUGGUGAUAUUAAACUCUGCGUAUGCAGGAAUUCCAAAUUUUUCUUCUGCUCCUCCCAGAAAAAAAUCUAGAUCCACUUUGGAAGUAGUCACCAAUUAUAGGCAUAUGUACAUAUAAUAGCUUUUAACAAACAAGAGAAAAGAAAAUGAAGUUCUUUCAUUUUAUAGCCAUUGUCUUUGGAACUCUGACAAAAGUUCUAUGUAGACUGACAAGUAUGGAGAGUUCUUUGUAGUUUAUCACAGAAGCACUCUAGAGAUCAAUUAGAUUAUCUCUAAAGUUCUUUUCUGCUUCCAGUGCCAUGGUACUAUGAAAAUUCUAUGAUUGGAAGCUCUAUAAUACCAAGGCUAUAAUAAGUAGGGAUAUAAAAGUGGGAAUACACUUUGAGCAUUAAAAACAACAGAAUUCUAGGUGCUACAUAAAAGUUUUUAAGCUAUUUAAUUUGCCUAAAAACAAGAAGGGAAGGAACAGGAUCAAAUUUAUUCAUAAAAUAGACAGUGACAUUCUUGAUUCUGGUAUAUUCCCCCAAUAUCAAUCACUAGUAAUUAAAUGUUCCAGUAUCAUUUGUCAGUGCCAGUUAAUAUCGCUCUUGUUUCAUAUAACCAGUACAUUGCUCUUCAACAAGCAAUUAACAUUAAUUAACUUUUUAAAAUUUAAAUUCAUUUUGAACUUAAAUACAAAAAGAUGAAAAAAAUUCCCACAUACAUAACACAAUACAGAAAAGGAUUCAAUAUGAAACCAUGAAUAUCCAUUCACAUUGUUUACUUUUUUAAAAAAACUAUAUAAUAAAUACUUCACAUUGUUUUUAAAACUA